AUAAGGUAGGCCUAGAACUAAUCAUUAAUACUCCCUUUUGCCGUCAAGAAACAGACUGAGUCCAAGCUGUGGGGCUCCAAUAAAUUAAUUUUACAAAUGACUAGCAAAUGAAGUGUGGAUUUAUAUGGCGAUUUUGAGAUGUUCGCUGAGGACUCAAGUCUGGAAUUGUACGAAGGCAGAGACCCACAGCCAAAAGCCUUGGGGACUAUGACUAAUCCUUGAGGAGCUAUGAAAUGAUGGCCAUCCUUUCAUUUUACCCUAGUCACAAAUAUCGCACAUUUCGAAUACAAUAUGAGGAAACGGUAUCGUGCUUGUGAAGAGUGCCAUCGUCUCAAGAUCAAGUGCGAUGUAAGUACGUCCACUGGAGCGGCGUGCGAGCGGUGUAGCCGCAACAACGUGGAGUGCGUGCCGGCGGCAUCUCGUCUUCAGCGCGACCGCAUCAAUGAGCUCGAAGCUCAGGUCCAGGAAUUCAAGAACGCGCUUCGAGACCAGAGCAGAAGCAUGACGCCGAACCGGUCGCCCGGUAGCCUGCUGGAGAACCACAAUCAUGCCGUGUUAUCGUUCUUGGACGCCCGUAUUCCGCCAAGCAAACAACAAGAUCUGCUCCGCCUCUUUGCGCACCAGGCGGGAGCUGCGUGGCCAGUGAUUCGCCUGACCAUGACACUGGACCGUAUUCGUGCGAAAUCUCCAAUACUACUGCUCUCUGUGCUGGUGUAUUGUGUCACGCAGGAGACGCAAGGCACUGAGCUCGACGUGCACGACGAGCUCGUGCGAGAAACAAUGCACAUCCUUGGCGACGAGGUAAUAGGCAGGGGACAGCGAUCCCUUGAACUCGUGCAGGCGCUGCUCGUGGCGGCCUUUUGGAACAAGACCACGCGGAGAGGGCAGCAGGCAAGUUGCUAUCAGAUCGUCCAACUAGCUGCUGACAUGGCCAUUGACCUCGGGAUUGCCGGGGUUUCGCUGCAGCCCUCUCCGGUGGCGUAUUUCUGCCGGCACGAGGAUCCAACAUCACUCGAGGCACGGCGUACUUGGCUUGCCUGUUUCGUGGCACUCUCGACAUCAUCUAUAAGUAUGCGUCGGCCUAUUACAGUCACGUGGAAUUCUCAUCACCAAGACUGCCUCUUACACCUGGAAAGCAGAGGGGAACAAUCCGAUAUUCUGCUUUGUCAGAUCGUUCGCAUCACCCAGCUGAUUCAAGAGAUUUCCAACCACCUUUGUCUUUGCCAAUUAGCUACUUUCGUAGACGGCAACGACUACAGUUCUCAUGCUACAAUUGAGACUCUGAAGGACAAGGUCGACGCAUGGGCAGCUCAGGUUCCACGUAGCCUUGCAUCGUCACAGACGCUCAAAGUGUGGCGUCAUGUAGCCAUGAUACAUAUUUACGAACUUGUGCUACAUACCCCUACAAACAAGGCAUCGUUUGCAGCACCGUUUAUCCCGGGACGCAUCGCUAUCAAAGACUUCCCAAUACCAGCCAAUAUCAUCCCUCCUCUCAAAACGGCGCUUGAAGCCAUCAUCCAGAACUGCCACGCCGUCAUUGACACUGCCGCAGAGAUGGACCCUGUUCUGUUACUCAGCCUCCCUACGUUUUGUUUUGCCCCAACCGUGAUAUACUCUCUUUUCGUGCUGGUCACUGUCUUGGUGGCGGCUACCGACCCAGCAAACACUUACGGAAAAUGUCUAACAAAGGACAGUUUCCGCAUCGAGCAGUGUGGUCUGAAGCUGCGAGAUUUGAUAGCAUGUAUUAAGUCUCUUGAUCCUACGUUGAGUUGCUACACGACUCGCAUGUUUGACGCGACAGGGUGGCUUGAGGAAUGGUACAACGACUACACUGCUAUUCUCCGGCGAUACGAGACAAACAUGGCUCACUAGUAUAAGACACAGGAAUUGGGUGGCUUGUGAUUUACUCUUGAUCAAAUAAUAUAUACUUGGCUUAGCGCAGACAUUAUAUAAGUAUACUACGCAUCACGGUAUAAUAGAAUUUAAGCUUAGCAUCUAAUUAUUAAGGUUUAGUUCGAGAACACC